CACAGUGACCACCAAACUCAAUUUGCUGCGAAUCCGCGCCAAGACCAAGGCCUCACCAAUGGGAGCCGAAAGCGGUCCCAGCACGGCGUCGACAGAUCUACCUCAGGAUCGGCGCAAUCUGGGUGACGAUGACACAAUAGACAGCAGGAGUGCCAUCUACGACAGCGAUGGCGAGAGCACGGGUGGCUCGUCCACCGAAAGUGAAAACACACCGCCGGGCGCCGCCACUGAGAAUGCGGCCGGGACUGAAUUCUUCCAGCACUCGCCGGGGAACGCGCGACGCAUCUUCAAAAUCGUCGACCGCAUAGCCGCCUCAAAUCUGUUCCAAUAUGCCACCGAGCUGCCGUACGUGCAGCGAGCCAUGGAGAACAUGAAUGCCAACAUCACACUGCGCGUAGAUCUCAAGGGUAUGGUGGCCCGUGGGACAAUCAACAUACCGCCCCCGCCCUCCGAUCGGGUGUGGGUGUGCUUCCGGGGGCCACCACGCCUGUGGAUAUCCACCAAGCCCCAAGUGGGCGACAAGUCCGUCGACUGGUCCAUUGUUACCAACGUCAUUGAGAGCAAGCUGUGCGAGGGUCAACAAGUUUUUGGUCUACCCGAAUAUGGUGGACUUUACCAUACCCUUCCUGGCCAAACCCAGCUACGAGGACGAGUCGCCAGCAUCGCCCAACUGAAUACCAAAAAGGAGAUUAUUAUUUUUUAUAUCAUCUGAAUUUAACACAAAGUGUGUGCAGAUUUUCCACAUUAUAUCUUAUUUCGGAGAUUAACUUGAAGCUUAGCUUAGAUCCGAGAUCUCUCUGGCACCCACCACGUGUACUUAGCCGUUAAGAGCAGAAAGACGAUGAGCAGCGAAGAUUGAUUCCAAAUGACAAGUUAAAAAACGCUUAAACGCCUAUUUCGAUCACACUCCAGAACAAUCUACAUCCAUAUUAUUCUAAGUAGCUUAGGUUUGUUUAUCUGUACAACUAAUCGUACUAUAACUUACAAUUAUAUCAGACAAGUCAAAGGCUUAUGACUUGCAUUUUAACAGCCGCUCUGUGACGUCAACAAGACAACUAUUCCAAUAGCAUAAUGCAGGCAUAUAAUAACUUCCCAACUAAC